AUGGGCGGUGCUCUGCAGCGUAUUCGCUCCAGCUGUUGCGACCAGUCCGGCUUCUGUAAGCGCAACCGCCAAUUCGCCGACGAUGUAUCUGCCUCGAGCUCCUGGACCUCACCGUAUGCACUUGAACCCGCGUCUAUCAAAUUCAACAAAGGCCAAUUAGAGGCUGUCGUUCUCAAGACUGUACAAGAGGGCGGUGAGAAGGUCUCCCUCCCGCUCACCAUCACGUUCCUCGAAUCAGGCCUUGCGCGCGUCACACUCAACGAAGAGAAGAGGGCGAAGGGGCAGGUUGAGCUCAGGCAUGAGAGUAAAGCGAGGAAAGAGCGAUACAAUGAGGCUGGACAGUGGGCAAUCGUUGGGGGCCUAAACCCAGCCUUGGGUGCGGCAUUGAGCGAGACAGCCGACGCUGGCUUCACCAAGGUUGUCUAUGGCAAUGGCGGCAACCACCAGGCCAUCAUCCGACACGCGCCUUUCUCAAUCGAGUUCCAGCGCGACGGCGAGACCCAGGUCAAGUUCAACGAGCGAGGCUUCAUGAACAUGGAACAUUGGCGGCCAAAGGUGGAGAAGCCGGUUGUAGAGAAGAAAGAGGGCGAGGAAGGGACCAAGGACGAAGAGCCAGCGCCAGAAGCACAAGGACCGGAUGAGAGCACAUGGUGGGAAGAGACGUUUGGUGGCAACACGGACAGCAAGCCCCGAGGGCCUGAGGCUGUUGCGCUGGACAUCUCGUUCCCUGGCUAUGAACACGUUUUUGGUAUCCCGGAGCAUGCCACCGGGUUAUCAUUGAAGACCACCAAGGGCGGUGACAACGCUUACACGGAGCCCUACCGCCUAUACAACGCUGACGUAUUCGAGUAUGAGCUGGAUAGCCCAAUGACUCUCUACGGGGCAAUUCCCUUCAUGCAGGCGCAUCGCAAGGGAUCGACCGUGGGUGUCUUCUGGCUCAAUGCUGCCGAGACAUGGAUCGAUAUUGUCAAGACCAAGAACACCGCCAACCCGCUCUCUCUGGGCACCAAGGGCCACACUGACACCCAGACCCACUGGAUGUCCGAAAGUGGUAUCAUGGACGUCUUUGUUUUCCUUGGUCCUACUCCUCAGGACAUGACCCGUCAGUAUGGUGAGCUCACUGGUUACACUGCCAUGCCACAGUCCUUUGCUAUUGCAUACCACCAGUGUCGAUGGAACUACGUCACCGAUGAAGAUGUCAAGGAUGUUGACCGCCGCUUCGACAAGUUCAACAUCCCAUACGAUGUCAUUUGGCUCGACAUUGAGUACACCCAGGAGAAGAAGUACUUCACAUGGGAUCCUCUCACUUUCGUCAACCCUGAUACGAUGCAAAAGCAGCUUGACAAGAGGGAGCGCAAGCUAGUAGCUAUCAUCGACCCGCACAUCAAGAAUACUGACAGCUACCCCGUCAUCGAUGAGCUUAAGAAGAAAGACUUGGCUGUCAAGAACAAGGAUGGCGACCAGUACGAAGGCUGGUGCUGGCCGGGCUCUUCCAUGUGGGUUGACUGCUUCAACCCAGCUGCCAUCGACUGGUGGAAGGGUCUGUUCAAGUACGACAAGUUCAAGGGCACUGCGCACAACACCUUCAUCUGGAACGAUAUGAACGAGCCUUCAGUCUUCAACGGACCUGAGACUACCAUGCCCAAGGAUAACCUGCACCACGGUAACUGGGAGCAUCGCGAUGUGCACAAUAUCAACGGUAUGACCUUCCACAAUGCCACGUACCAAGCCAUUGUCGAGCGCAAGAAGGGCGAGGUUCGCCGUCCUUUCGUUCUCACGCGUGCUUUCUACUCCGGCAGUCAGCGUAGUGCUGCCAUGUGGACAGGUGACAACCUAGCUGAGUGGGCUCAUCUUGAGGCCUCGCUGCCCAUGGUCCUCAACCAGGGUAUCUCUGGCUUCCCCUUUGCUGGUGCAGAUGUCGGAGGUUUCUUCGGCAAUCCUAGCAAGGAACUUUUGACUCGUUGGUACCAGGCUGGUAUCUACUACCCCUUCUUCCGAGGUCACGCUCACAUCGACACUCGUCGCCGCGAGCCCUACGUUGCUGGCUCGCCUUAUACCGAGAUCAUCACUCAGGCUUUGCGUCUACGUUACCAGCUGCUCCCUGCUUGGUACACUGCUUUCCACGAGGCGGCCACCAAUGGUGCACCAAUUGUCCGACCCAACUUCUACGUACACCCCGAAGACGAGAGAGGUUUUGCCGUCGACGAUCAGCUCUACAUCGGCUCUACUGGUCUUCUUGCGAAGCCAGUGACCAAGGAGGGUGCGGACAGCGUCUCCGUCUACAUCGCCGACGACCAACCCUACUACGACUAUUUUGACUACACCACCUACAGUGGCGCCGGCCAUCAUACCGUCCCCGCGCCUCUCGAGAAGAUCCCUCUCCUCAUGCAAGGCGGGCACAUCAUCCCCCGCCGCGACCGCCCCCGUCGCUCCUCGGGUCUAAUGAAAUACGACCCCUUCACGCUCGUCGUCGUCCUCGACAAAGACGGCAACGCCUCCGGCACACUCUACAUCGACGACGGCGAAACCUUCGACUACCAAUCCGGCGCCUUCAUCCACCGCACCUUCAACUUCGACGGCGGCCGCCAGAUCCUCACGUCCGGCAACCUCGACACCAGCGCGCCCAGCUCCAAGGCGCAGAAAUACAUCAAGAGCAUGGAUAAAGUCAAGAUUGAGAAGAUUAUCAUCGUGGGCGCGCCAAAGGCGUGGAAGGGCAAGGAGAGUGUAGUUGUCAUGGAGGAGGGCAGUAAGGAGACGAAGAGGAGGAGGCCAACGGCGGUGGAGUGGCAUGCGGCCGAGGGCAAGAAGGCUGCGUGGGCGGUGGUGAGGAAGCCAGAUGUUGGUGUUGGGAGGGGGUGGAGGAUUGAUUUUGGGGAGAAGGAGGGGCAUGAACAUCAUGGGCAUGAGCAUUGA